GAGAGCAGAGCAAGAGAGAGAGGGAGCGUUGAGUGAGAGAUGAAAAGCAUGCUAAGCGAGAGAGAAGCACUCACACUGAAGGAGGCAGAGGCAACAGCUACAGCAACAGCACGCUCCUUUCCCAUCCUCCCUUUCCUCUCUCAUAAUCCCACAUCCACGCCGGGGGAAAUGGAGGGCACCCUGACCUGCUGAGGAGCACUGUUUAAAGAAGAGGGAAAUCUCACAUGACCCCCCCCCCCACCUGUGAGUGCCUGGAUCAUAUUUUUGGGACAAUAACCAACGAGGAGUGAAACGGGGGUGUGUACACAAACGAGCCUGCCGGCAGGAGGGAGGAAGGGAGGGAGGGAAGUAGGAGAGAAAAGAGGGGGAUGAGUGGCAGGUUUGGUACAGCUGCUGAUGCCAGGGUCUGCGAGUGAGACAGAGACAGACUGAGGAGUGGAGGGCGGCACGUGUGGAGCAGUAUCAACUUGUGGGCCAAGAGGAGAGGAAAAAAGAUUCACAUACGCACACAGCUGGACAGAUGAGGAGACAUCAGGGACCACGCUUCAGUCCUGGGUGUAUAGUGUACUGACCCUGCCUGUGACAGGCGAGGAGUCAGAGGGCCAGGGCCAUGAUUGGCUCUCCUGGCUCUGGUGGGCGUGCCUUAGUGCCAUGGCCAAGGAUGUGGCGAUGGUUCCUGGCUGCUUCUCUGGUUGCCGUGAUAACCUUGACGCUGCCAGGAAGUGGCCAGGCCUGUCCGCCACGGUGCGAGUGCUCGGCUCAGCUGAGGUCGGUGUCGUGCCAGCGGCGGCGCCUCAUCAACAUCCCAGAGGGCAUCCCCACCGAGACACAACUCCUGGACCUCAGCAAGAACCGGCUCCGCUGGGUGCAAGCAGGGGACCUGGCACCGUACCCGCGGCUGGAGGAGGUGGACCUCAGUGAGAACCUUAUCGCCACAUUAGAGCCCAAUGCCUUCGCCACCCUCCAGAGUCUUAAAGUGUUGAAGUUAAGGGGAAACCAGCUGAAGUUAGUGCCCCUGGGGGCUUUCGCCAAGCUGGGCAAUCUGACCAGCCUGGACCUGAGCGAGAACAAGAUGGUGAUUUUAUUGGACUACACCUUCCAGGAUCUGAGGAGUCUGAAACAUUUGGAGGUGGGAGACAACGACCUGGUUUAUAUCUCCCACAAGGCAUUCUCAGGGCUGCUGGGGCUGGAGGAUCUCACAAUAGAGCGCUGCAACCUGACAUCCAUCUCUGGCCAGACGCUGUCCUACCUGCGCAGCCUGGUCACCCUUCGCCUCCGUCAUCUCAGCAUCAUUGCCCUGGAGGACCAGAACUUCCGAAAGCUCUCCAACCUGCGGGGUCUGGACAUUGAUCACUGGCCGUACCUGGAGUACAUCUCCCCUGUUAGUUUCCAGGGCCUGGACCUCCACUGGCUCUCCAUCACCAACACCAACAUCACCUCUGUCCCGUCCGCUUCCUUCAAGAACCUGGUGCACCUCACACACCUCAACUUGUCCUACAAUCCCAUCAGCACACUAGAGCCCUGGGCCUUCAAGGACCUGCUGAGGCUGAAGGAGCUCAUCAUGGUAAGCACAGGGUUGAUGACAGUGGAGCUCCAUGCCUUUGGAGGCCUUCGACAGAUCCGAGUUCUCAACUUCUCCUCCAACGACCUGCAAACUCUGGAAGAGGGCUCCUUCCACUCUGUCAACAGUCUGGAGACCCUCAGAGUGGAUGGGAACCCCCUGAUGUGUGACUGCCGUCUGUUGUGGAUCCUGCAAAGACGCAAGACCCUCAACUUUGACGGCAGAGUGCCGGUGUGUGCGGGGCCGGUGGAGGUGCAAGGGGUCAGCCUCAGCGCCUUCACCGAUUCUGCACUCUUCGACCACUUUACAUGCCAGAAACCUAAGAUACGCAACCGUAAGAUGCAGCAGGUGAUCGCUCGUGAGGGCCAACCCGUGAGUUUUCUGUGUCGAGCCGAAGGAGAACCUGCACCUGCUAUUGUCUGGAUUUCCCCGCAGCGCAGACGGAUCACAGCUAAGAGUUCAGGGCGCAUUACUGUUCUCCCUAGUGGCACCCUGGAGAUCCGCUACGCCCAGCUUACCGACAGCGGAACAUACAUCUGCAUCGCCAGUAACGCCGGAGGCAAUGACACCUACUUUGCCACACUCACAGUGCGUGGCCAGCCGCUGGAUGCUGCCUCAGCCUUCUUUCUCAACCGCUCGCUGUACAGCGGCGAGUUCUUCAACGACACAAAUCUGAACAGCACGCGCGUUUAUCUUAAGUUCACCUUGGACCUGACCACCAUCUUGGUCUCCACAGCAAUGGGUUGCAUCACGUUCCUGGGGGUGGUUCUCUUCUGUUUCCUGCUGUUGUUUGUGUGGAGCCGGGGACGCGGGCAACGCAAGAACAACUUCACAGUGGAGUACUCCUUCCGGAAAUCUGAACCCGUCACCGGCAGCUCCUCGGGAGGGACCAGGAAGUUCAACAUGAAAAUGAUAUGAAACAACGCAGCCAGGGGUCGCUCGGGGGAGGCAUGAGCACGUCCCAAAAACGUGUUUGACACACGCAAACACACACAGCCACUGACUCGCAAAGAAGUGUGAAAGCACAAUAUAAGAUCCUGUCUAUCAUGGCUCUAUUCAAAAAUUCAGCGUCCACAUCAAAAACAUGCCAUGACACGAUUUGGUUUAAUUUGUGAAUGAAAACAAAAUAACACUGAUCUCUCGGCCUCUCAGGGGUUUUAUUUUCAGCUUGCGUUGAAAGAGAUGUUUGAAUGAUCCUGUAAAGAACUAAAGUAUUGACAGACUUUUAAAGAGCUACUUGCCAUCCAUGCUUGAUAAGAAUAAUAGAGGAGAUACGUUUUGGAAAUUGGCAUGAAUACUGAGCUGUGGGAUACCGGUUAGCCCUGUCUCUUUGUUACAGUAAUGAGAUAAUAAAAUAGAUUUCCUCUUUCAUUUGAAAUUUCCCUUUACUGUAUUAUGUGCAGUCUGGGAUUUUAAAAGAUAUGUGAUGCAGGGAGACCUGGCUACCAUCCAUUAAUAUAAUUUGUAGCUAUGCUCUUCUAAAGUCUGCCUUGUUAAGACUCAUGCAUGUAGAAAUUUAAGGAAAAAUAAAUAAAUUAAGAGUUAAGUUGUAAGUUCAUACCACUGAAUAAAACAAAUUGUUUUGAAAGACUUUGUUUUUCUAUAGAACAUAUAACAGCCUCCUUUAUCUAUUCUGACCACGGCUAAACAGUGAGGCUUCUCCAUUAACAUUAUCAUAAUGUCAAGCUCAAUGGAUGUCAAAUAUGAACUGAUAGUAUCGGAUAAGAAGCACUCGAUUUGGACCAUUCACAUAAAUGACAAACAGACAAAAGAUUUGGCCUUUUCCUCUUCGUGAGAUUUUGCGACAAUGUUAGCUGUGUGAGUUUGGGACGAGCGCACUGGCCGAGAGCUGCCCGUGGCCCGGAGGGUUUGGUUAGGAAGUCAAGCCCACCGGACACGGGCAGCCACAGUAACCACAGCAACCAACACAACAGAGAGCAAUUGGGACUGGGCUCGUGGCCACAGGAGGGUCGCUGGGUGGAAGGAGAGGGAGAUAAAGAGGCCCUCUACAUCACAAGCCCCGUUCAUGGGUCAACCUGGCAGCCUCCGCCCCCCUGCCCUCUGCUGUGUUGGUGGACGCUUGACCUUCCCAGCGCUGCCAGGGGGGAGCAGCCCGGUGAGUUGGGUCAUACUCAGAGGCAGACAGAGGACACACAGUCACACUGUCGGGGUCUUCAAACAAACACAUACACCCAUUCCAGUAGGGGAAAACACACAUAGAAACAUAUGAAUAGCACCUUUUCUCAGGAAAAGUGAGCCUACGUAACCACACAUACAUGCUCUGUUCAAAUAUAACAUUCCAGCAAUACUGUAUGUAUGUAGAGCCAUAAAGCCAAAAAUGAAUUCUCUAAGAGAGAAAUUAUGUAAAUGUUUGAGUGACGAAACAAAGCCAUAGUAUGUGUAGGUUGUUUUUUAUAUAGUAGCGUGUGCAUGAUUCAGUUAUAUAAUGAUAAUUAUUGCUACUGACAUCUUUGGUGUGAUGAUCACAGGACCAUCUGCUGUCGCUGGGCUUGCAUAAAAUUGCACUUCAUAACACACACAUAAACACACACAUAGAAGUGAAGGUUAUUUAGAUUGAUAGGAACAAGAAUCACAGUUACACAUGAAUAAGCGAUCACAAAGUGUGACACUGACUGCUCUCUCUCUGCCUCUGAGACGGUCGGUGUGCGAAUGUCUCUGCCCCCCUAGCCCAGUGCAUCCCCCCUACUCACCCCCACUCCCUCACCCCCACCCCCACUGGGUCCUCCUUUGGGAGGGGUCCCUGGCUGGAGACCAAGGAUUCAAAAUGUAAAUGAAGUCGUGUUAACCCUACCCACGCCAUGUGCAUCGUAUAGUGGAGAGUAGUACUGUGGUUUAAAAAAAAAAAAAAUUUAACUAAAACUUUAUUUGAAGUGUUCUGUUACUUGUUUUCAUUUCCUCAGUUGUUGUUCUCCGUGACCUUUUGGCUGUUUACCGUGUUAAAAGUUCCCCGUCCUCCGUGUGGGACUGUUCUGUUCUCAACACCUAAUAAAGUUCCCACACACUAGACAGUGCUUGUGCCUGUUUGCAUCUCAGUGUGCAUAUCAAAUGGAACCAGGCAUCAAGAAAUGAGAUAUAAUCUAAAGCAGUGGUUCCUAACUUAGUUUACCUCUUUCUCGAGUUGAUGCGCCAGCUUUUCCUAAGUUCAAACGUAGCCUAUAGUUUAAAGUAUUUAUUAACUUCUGCACCAAGCAAACUAGCUCUUACAUUGAGAUUAGUUGUUUACACACAGUAACAGUCGGCUUUAACUGUUGCACAGCUGACCGACUAAACUAAUGCUAGCUUGUUCAUAUAUGACCCGUUCACAGUGAAGAGUAAAUGGAAUAUGAUCGACAUAUCUGACCUGACACUUGAUCAAAUUGCUGUUUACUUGAAAUGUAAAUUGGGAAUAUUUUAGCAAAUAUCCCUCAAGUUACUAAACAUUAUGCCAAUAAUGUAACGUUAGUUUGAUCAAAUAUUUCGGAAUCAUUUGAAACUGCAUGAAUACUAAUUAACUCUGAAACACAUUUCUAGGUAUGCAGAAAAAAAACAAAAUCAUACCUACACUUACAAAGGACCGGCAGUUAAGUUUAAUAUUUGUUGUUUGGCAUUUUGAAACUGUUGUAGCCCCAAAAGACUCAAAAAGAGGUUUGCAGAUUUGUGGUUUAUUUUAUUGAGAAGAAGCGCAGGUUAACAUUUGAACUGUGUCCAACAAACAAUCUACACAAAGGCAUUACGUCACGUUUUUCGUCUCAAGAAAGCCUUGCAUGCACACAUUGUAGACAGCUACUAGUUGUCCAAAACAAAGACCUGACCUGGCUCUUGCUUAAUGUUAUUUAAAGAGCCUUUCUUAAUGUCCUCAGAUUCUUUGGCCUGAUAUUCUUUGAUUCUUUGGCCUGAUAUUCUAUCUCCAGUAUGUUAUUUACAGUAUGUUAUUUAUGUUCAAAGUUCCCUGGAGAUGUCUAUUGUUUGGCAGAGGACAUUUUAGACUAGCAUAAUGACUUUUAGUUUCGUACACCACACAGUCAAUCUGAGAGUGUUUGUGAACUAUUAAAACACACUAUAAAACCAGCUAGAAGUUAAUAAGAACUUAUAAAGGACACACAAACUUUAUGAUGGAUUUACUAAUAGCUGACGUGUGCAGUGUUCAUGAGGAGUACACAUUGCUUCAUUUUUAGGGUCAUACUGUAAAAAGUUAGGAACCACUGAUCUAAAGCGCACCUACAACACUGUAUAAAGACAGUUUUAAAGUUUACAGUUCGGAAAAUAGGUUAGAGAGAACCUCAAACUCAAGAAACUUUUGCAAAAAAAAAUACUGCGAACUCCAUUUUUGUCCCUUGUGAGGGAUGAUCAAACCAUGGCUUUAGUGUCAGGAUGAAUACCUCAACAGCUGUUAAAGAUUCAUGAGGCCGAAUUCUUUUUCUUUUUUUACAGCGCCUUUAAACGGUGUCAGCGGCCAUUUUUGUGUUGAGAACAGGACAUCGCCUUUAUGGACGUCUCCUAUCCCUGAGCUGACCCUUUUGUGUUUCCAUUCCCCGGUAUUUCUCAGUGAAAACUAGGCUUAGAAGACAGUGAGAAUGUCUGUAGUGAUUGUCGAUGGUGUUAUUGUGCAAACAUCGAUCACAAAUGUAAGCGUAGAUGAGGGUGUUUUUCGGUUUUAUUAUCUUCUUCUCCUCCCCUCUGUACCCUCCUCCUCUUCCUGUUCCCUGUCUUCUUAACAUUUCCAACCCUCGCUGUCCCUGUUCACAGUAUUAGGCUGGAUUAUGGUUGUGUGGUAGUAGACACGUGUUCUCUGUGGUUGGUGAGUCAGUGUUGUCGUGUUAUGAUUUGUUGCUCCUCGUGAUGCCAUCGAACACGGAGCAGUGAUAGGAUCAGUGGAGACAAAAGAUGAAAGGGGUGACCCAGGUUCCCUAAAAAAGAAAAAAAAAAAAAAAAAACAUUGGUUCCCAUUUCACGCCCUAUACUCAUUCCUGAAAAAGCACUUCUGGAACUUUCCCAGUUCUGCUCAGUGCCGCUCUGGGAUCUUUCCCUGGAUAUGACAACCCACGGACUGUACUGUAUGUAUUUUCUCUGUCACACUUUAACUUGCAAAUGUAGAAAGGGGGGUUGGGUUGUUUUAUUAACACCGUGACUAUGAGCCUACACUCACUUUCUGCCUACUGUGGUUCACUGAGUCAUUUUGUGAAAGAAGCAGCCCAUUUAUUGAAAACAGACAUUUUCAUGUUGGUCAGGGUUGUAUCUACUCCCCCCCCCCCACGAGUCCUUGAAAGCUAGAAGAGGCUUUUUGUUUUGUUUUUCAUCUUUCCUGUCCCCUCCAGCUUCAAUUUUCUACCAGACAACCAUUAUCUAAGGCUUUACGAAACAAAGAAAUACGUUAAACAUUUUAAUUGAAAGACACUGCCAAACAAUUGUUCAAGGUGCCUGUACACACAGCUUUGCAGCCAAGCCAUUGCCUCAGUUUGGCUGACAGACUCUGUGUUUGUAGAUACCAGUGGAGCUUAAACUUAAUUCAUCUCCUCUGCCGUGAUACUUGAGAAAGUAGGCUGAGCCAUCCCCCGCUCCCUCCUCCGGUUCGCCCUUGCCUGGGGUUGGUGUACUGUAGUCUAGACGCCCCAUUUACAGCAGCAGCAACCUCACUACCUUCCACUGGGGAACUCUUCAAAGACGCAGACCAAAAUUAGACCGAGACACCAAUAAUCAUGGCCUGAAUUAUUCAGUUUUUUUUUUAUUUUGUAACAUUGUUUUCAUUCUAUUUCUCAAAUAAAGCUGGGGUAGGCAGUUUUCUGGAAAAGGCACCAAAAAAAAGCAGCUUUCCCCUCUCUGCCCCUCCCAUCAGACGGGCACUGGCAUAUGCACACGCUUCAUACAGUAACCUGUACGAGUAUUAGUCAUACAGUCGUCAUCCCGUUCAUGGUUGGGAUCCAGAUGCCGUUAUAUAGCGGCAAUUCUAUGAGAAUUACCGUCCUGUUUUCUUUGCAAACUUGGCCCACAAGUUUAUGAUGACAUACUGAGAUUCAAGGCUCUACUGUAGCUAGCUGCAUGAACAUUAUUUUGAGUUAGCCGCACCCUUGAGCCUUUGGCUAAGGUUAGAAAUAGGAUCAACUAUUAGCAACCGUUUCUCUCCAUCUCUGAAAAGCUUCGCUUUGUCUGUCUGACUGUAUUGGCUUGCUUUGCAGUGUAGGCCGUUGUUGCCAGGGCUGGAACAGCAACGUUUUCUGCAGGAUUUUCUACCGUUGAAUCAGCCUUUCACCAUCUGAAGGGGAUGUGCAUGCGCAUCUGCAUGUGUAGAACAGCCAAUAGGAACGCUCUCUCUAUGAAAUGACCUGUGAUUGGUCAAAGUGUCCGGUCACGGACUAGAUUUUCUAAAGCCUUAAAAACAGAGCCAGGACGAGGUGCUGAAGUCUAGUGUUCUGUCAGACCACUUGAAUUGCAAUAUGCUAAAGGUUCUUGUGGAUUUCCCCCCCCCCAACGACACCAAAGAGUGCCUACCCCAGCUUUAAAGGGCCAGUCCUCUCGGCUGUCCUCUCAUUAUUUGGCCAAGAAGAAUGGAUUUUUACAUGCAUUACCUUGCUUUCCCAUCAUGUCUUACUCUAUAUUCUCUGCUCUAAAUGAAUCCAGCUCCUAUUCCAGAUCCUACAGCUUGGAUUGGACCCAAGUUGAAUUAUGAGAGCUGAGAGGAGCAGUAAUGGGAUGACGGAGAAGUGAGCCCGGCUGAUUGGGUGAAUACUUGGCUUAUUAGUUCCAUUUCCAUAACCGACCUCUCUGAACAGUGUACCAUACAAAUACUGGAGGCUAAAUUCAUGGUGUUAUUUUAAUUGGACAUGUUUCAGAGCAUUGCUCAAGGAUUGUUUAAAGCACCUUGAACAGCACAACUGCUUCAUCUUAACCUUGACCAGACAAUUGCAACUGCCUCCCUUUCUAUGUGGCAAUUCUGACCCCAAGUGGUCAAUGUGAGUAAAAGCCUCAAAUGGGACCAUACUGCUGAUGCUGAUGUACCAUUAUUAUUGUACGUGGUGGGAAAAUAAAAGCUCUGGGUCUCAUACAGUGAAAAAACUAAAGGGAGAAGGGGAAAUUGACUGUUAGAUUCAUAAGUCAGUAGUUCACUGAUUUUUCCUAUAGCCAUAGCGUGACCUCCUCUCCGCCGUGGGUGUCUGCCCUCAGCCACCUGUAAAGAGAGUUCCGAGGAGAGGCCUCCAUCCGACCAAAAGCAACCGUUCUGACCUGGUUUGCUGGGACUCAGUUUGUAGAUUAGACAAAUACUCUCUGACGCCCCCCCGCCAGUCUCACUGCCAUCACAACAAACAGUAACAAACCAUGAUAAAAAUGUCACAGCGUUAUUCAUUCUCUGCAUACGACUGAGAGCUGAUCGGCAAACGGUCAGUUCCUCUCUAGAGAAACAAAACUUUCUUUCUUGUGGUCUUAGCAGGUUUAAUCUAUGCAUGCCUUUUGUAUACAGUGAUUGGUCUUGCCAAACUCUCAUCUACACUUGUAUGGAGAGCUAUGGGUGCCAUUGUUGCUGGCCAUGGGACUGGUUGAAACAGACUUACUGUAAGAGCAGGUGGGACCAUUAAAGUGUUUUUAAUCUGGUACAGUUCAAAGCGAGGGGCAUGUAAUCUGCUGAAGCUGCAUUCACGGAUAUUUAAAGACGUGCGCGUCUUACAAAAGAAGCAUUUGUUUACUUGGGAUGAUUGUACUUUUACACAUAUCUAUCCACACACAGAGGAUGUGUAAGCUGUAGAUAAAACGAUUGAUAUUCUAAGCAGGAUGGUGGGACUGAUCAAUGCUGUAUGGGGAUAGGAUUAUUAAUGGCAUCCUUUCAUUGAUCUAGCUUGAACCUUGCCACUCUCCCAGAAUCCCUCUGGAGUAGGAGGAGGCGUACAGAGCUCUUACAGACCUGGUUGGCACUCAUUCCUAGGUUUCCACAUCACCUUUUAAGAUGUUUUUUCUCUUUUAAGAACGAGAUGGUGCCACAUUUCCGACUCUUUUUUUUCCCCCAGGUCUGAGCCGAUGUAACGCUUCUCUUACCUCUCCCACUCUUCAGAGGAAGCUGUCACUGUGGUAUAGCUCUGUAUUUGUUGGAGCCCUCUAAUGGAAAAUAUAGUUUAUUUCCCUAAAUUUGGCUGGGGUAAACGUAUUCUCUCUCCUCUUUCUCUCUUUUCUCUCUCUGUCUUUUCUCUCUGUCUCUCUAUCAACUUGGCACCGACCUCGUUAAACUUUUCCGAACGUUUUUUAUCGACCACUUUUAGUUUUUGCACUAAUGCAUAAUUGUUCCCUGUUGACACGGUCGUUGCCGACUCCUGAAACCUAGGAAUGGGUGCUGAGCGCUCCAUAUAAAUGCAGAGCUAACACAAAGACAAGCUGUUCAGCUUGUCGGAUUGAAUGGUGUCAACUGAUCCAUCGUUAAAGCAUAUGACAUAUGGCUCAUAAUAGAGACUGUAAGUACCAAAUUUGGACUCUCAUCCUCCCUGGCCGUAAGAACAUCUGACUGUACCUGAAUUAUAACAUUUAAAUUUUGAAUCGCGAUGUGUGAAUCCUUGGAUGUGAAGAACAGAAACUGUACAUACUGUAUUAGAUCUAUUAGCCAUAUCAUGUCAUCAAAUCUGUAGACCUCCUUGCCAUGUCUGACAGAGGAAAAUGACUGUUGAACUGUAAAUAGUGUAGGUAUAGUAAUAUAGGAUUUAACUGCUGCUUCUUUUCUCCAGGGGGCACCCAUGUUUUGCUCAGUCCCAUGGCUGCCUGGUCUCAAAGAGAAGGGUGAGACAAUAAUGUACUUGUCUAUAGAACACAUAUGGUUUCUUUUUUUAUUUCAAUGUAUGUUUUAUAUACUGUCUGUCUUGUAAAUGAACUCCUUUUCGUCAUAAAAGCAUGAUGUGACUCUGUCAAAA